AUGGCAGCUACUUUCGAUCUCGAGAAGCAUGCUGUCGAGUCAAAGCCCCAGCAUCAUGUAUCUGAUGCAAGUGCGAACCCACUUGUCAAUGCUGACAAGCUGGCGCGUCGCCUGUCGGCUCGCCAGGUGCAGAUGAUUGCUAUCGGCGGCACCAUCGGCACAGGCUUGUUCUUGGGCACAGGCAGCUCCCUAGCAAAGGGAGGUCCAGCGUCUAUGCUCAUUGCGUAUGCCAUUUGUGGCUGUAUCGUCUUCAUCACGAUGCUCUCUCUAGGCGAAAUGGCAGCCUUUGUCCCCGUUGCGGGGUCCUUUUGUACAUUUGCGGGGCGUUUUGUCGAUGAUGCCCUAGGUUUUGCGUUGACGUGGAAUUAUUGGUUCAACGACGCUGUCUCGACCGCGUCGGACAUCAUUGCACUGCAAUUACUCUUGGAAUUCUGGACGGAGAAUUUUCCCGGGUGGGCGAUCAGCUUGAUCUUCUUAGUCGUUGUUAUUGCCCUCAAUGUUCUCUCGGUCCGCGUUUACGGCGAGAUUGAAUACUGGCUGAGUUUACUGAAAGUGAUCACUAUCGUGAUCUUCAUUAUUCUUGGCAUUGCAGUGAACUGCGGUGGCAACACCGAGCAUCAAUAUAUUGGCGGUAAAAACUGGCAUAUCGACGGUGCUCCUUUUGUCGGUGGCAUCGGCGGAUUUGCCUCUGUCUUUGUCACGGCAUCCUUUGCCUAUGGCGGCACCGAGUCCAUUGCCAUCACCGCUGGUGAGACGAAGAACCCGGCCAAGACUCUUCCCAAAGUGGUCCGAAAUGUCUUCUGGCGCAUCAUACUUUUCUACAUGCUUUCUAUUUUGGUCGUGGGAUUGAACGUGCCCUACAAUUAUCCUGGUCUUUCCGGCAGUAGCACCCGCACCAGCCCCUUUACCAUUGUCUUUCAGCAGGCGGGCAGCACCGUCGCAGCCAGCUUUAUCAACGCAGUCAUUAUGACUUCAGUCAUUUCCGCUGCCAAUCACGCCCUGUUCGCGGGAUCGCGUCUGCUGUACACCCUGGCAGUAGAUGGCUAUGCGCCUCGAUUCUUCGGCCAGCUGAAUCGCUUCAAGGUACCCUGGAUCGCGGUGCUUGCGACGUCGGUUAUUAGUGGACUGUGCUUCGGAGCAAGUUACAUCGGUGCCGGCCAGCUGUGGACAUGGCUACAGAAUAUCGUCGGUGUAUCGAACCAGUUGUCCUGGAUCUGCAUCGGUGUUGCAUCGCUCCGUUUCCGCAGUGCCAUCAGGGCCCAAGGUCUGGAACACUUGCUUCCAUUCAAGAACUGGACGUAUCCUUACGGCCCUAUCUUCGCAAUCGGUCUCAACUCAUUCCUUGUCCUGGUUCAGGGAUGGAAAUGCUUUAGCCCUCAUUUCAAGGGGGUCGAUUUUGUUUCCUAUUAUAUUGAGAUUGCCGUCAUGGUUGUCAUGUUCCUGGCGUGGAAGUUGAUCAAGCGGACACGCUUUGUUCACAAGACUGAGAUGGACCUUCAGACUGACCGAUACGAUGGGGGUCUGGAUGAUGGCCAUACCACCGAAGAAGUGGUUGUGACGGAAACCAGAAAAGGAUUCGUCGGCAGAGUUCAGCGCUUUGGCCAGUGGCUGUUCUUUUGA